GGAAAAUCACAAAUAUUAAAGCAAGACAGAAAACAGUGACAAGUGGUGACAGGUGAAACUGACAAGUAGAUGUCAUAUGUUUACUUCUGAUUAUGGUUGUUGAUUUUUGAAUUUAUCCAUAACAAAACAGAAACAAAAAUUGAAGACGUUGGAUAACAAGCAUGUUGCCUAGGCUAACUAGAGUCAGCAUAUAGAUAAAAUGAUUAUACGAUUUUGAUGGAACUAUCAGCCAAAAUUUUAAAAUAUUGAUUGAUGAAUAAGAAUCAUUCAAGAAUGAGUAAAGUAUUUUAUAUUUCCGCUCUUGUAUCAGUAUUCGUCGCCCUAGCUGUACUAUACAUUCCAAUAUGUGUAUCAUGCUCUUUUUACAUACUGUUGCUUAUAAUAAGUAUUUUAUUGGGGAUUUUUACCGCUGUAUGGCUCAACAUACAUCUUUCUUUGAUGCACAAGACCAUAAUUGGAGCAGAAAAUACUUUAAAGCAGGCUGAGUAUUUCAGGAACAAGCUGAUGGUAACGUUUUUAAAGUUAUUUGUUGGAACACUGAUUUCUAUUAAUAAUAGUUUAUAGUAGUUUAUUUUACACAGUCAGUUUUUUAAAAUCUCUAGUCUCCACAGAGUACCAGAUUCUUUUUCGUCUUCAUCCAGGUUAUUUUUGGCAGUUUCCCAGACUAGGUACUCCAUUAUUUUUAUAUUUCUAUGUGGUAUAAGCUACAAUUCUGGUUUGAAAAGUGAUAUUUUUUAUUUUUAGAGAGAAUACGAUCCUACAUCUACAAAUAAAGACACAUUUCCUCUCUACCCUCAGAUUUUUGGAAAAACUGUAGAUAGUUUGUUGCAACAAUUAUUGGAUUUUGUUGUCAGAGAUUACAUUUUAACUUACCUGAAAGAUUAUGCAUAUGAUCUAGAUGCUUUGAGCACCAACAUCAAAGAUGAUCUUUGGGGAGCUAUUCAUGCAAUGCAUGAAAAAGCUUCUAGGGUAGAUUACACAAAACUAGUGGCAUGUGACAUUGUUUUGAAAAUCACCCAUCAUUUUGAAAAGAUCAGAGAAGCAAAAGCAGCAGUUGGUGAAUCAGAUAGGCCUCCAGUUUUUCAACUGUAUCCACAUGUGAUGUCCUCAGAAAAGGAAUUGGAGUACCUCAGAACAUUUAGUGAAUUGCUUAUAAUGUUCUUCCUACCUAGAACAUAUUCAUUAUCACCCACUAAAUAUCUUAUUAGAGAGGUCCUCUGCUGCAGAGUUUUCAAGCCGAUAAUAGAUAAUAUAACAGAUCCAGACUUUUUCAACAGAAAUGUUAUCUAUUAUAUUGAAGCUAAUCAGCAAAAUGUGGCACUGCCCAAAAAAGCAUUAGAGAGUGCAAACAAUUUUGAAGAAUUAAUUGAAAAAAUCGAUGAUGUUCAAGUGUUAAGAUCUAUAAGGUAUAAUAUUGUAACAAAACUGAUGCAAGCCACAACCUUGCAAAACUUGAACCGUGCCAAAGGUGUAGACCUAGACAAUGACAAAGGUGCUCUAGCUGCCGCAGGCAUACAAAAAUCUGAAAUUAAUGCCGCAAAAAAAUUGCAAAAAUAUAUUAAUAGGUUGACUUUGACCAAGAAACAUUGUGAACAAAAACUUAUGGCUUUAGGUUGGGAUUCUGGGUAUCAGUAUGGUGAUGACGUGAAAAGGGUUUUGCCAUUGCAGACAAUCUUAGAACAUGUGAUUGGUAGAAAAUACUUAUCACAAUUCCUACAAACGUUGGCUAGUCAAGAUUUGAUAAGAUUUUGGACGGCUGUCGAGGAGUUGCGUACAGCAGACAGGAAAAAUUGGCAUCAGAUUGGUGCAGAGAUUUUCUACACAUUUAUUAGGAAUACUACUUCUGAGAUAAAGGUUGAUAAGGCGACCAAAAAAAGGAUGGAGGCAUUUUUAUUGGGUGACAAAGGUCCGGAGGUUUUCUAUGAAGUACAAAAGCAAGUAGUCCAAGUUAUAGAAGAUAAGUACUAUCAACCAUUCUUGAUAAGUGACUACUACAAAGAGAUGAUUAUUGCAAUGGAGAAUGAAGAGGACAUGAUUGACGAGACAAAAAGAUCUUUCGAAGAAAGACAAUCUUCAUCGGAUUCCGCCGGAAGUCCUGAGAGCACCUUGAAUGUAGGUGAUCACUCAAAUUAUGCCAGGAGAAAAUUGGACCAGUUGGAAGAAAAACUAAAUAAUAAAAUGCAGGCACUAGCAGCUCUUAGGUUUUCCAUGAGACCAGAAUCAAAAGUCCUGAAUAAACUUGAAAAAGAAGUAGAAUGGUUGCAAGGUGAAAAGAGACAGUUAGAAGCACAUCUUACUAGAACUGAGAUUUGGACAGAAAAUUUGGGUAAAUGGAAGGCUAUAGUGCAAAGUGCAGAGGUUCCAAAUGAAAAAGAACCACUUCAGUUCGUUCUAGUAGUUCAAAUGGCAGAGGAUGACAAUAUAGAAGAAGAAAGUAGUAUUUGUACUGGUUGGGUAGUUUGUAGAAGCCUGACUCAGUUCCAGGAGUUGCACAAAAAACUGAGACCGUUGUGUGUUGAACUAAGAAGUUUGGAACUACCGUCCAGCAGUUUCAAAUUUCUGUUCGGCAAAACUGAUAAGGUUGCUUUGGAUAAGGCUAAGCAACAGAUUCAGAAGUACUUAGAUUUUAUACUUAAAGAUGAUCGCCUCAACCAAAGCGAAAUUGUAUAUUCUUUUCUGAGCCCGAGCUCAGAUCACUUAAAACAUACAACUACUAGUCCUAAAAAAUCAAGGUUUUCGUUUUCCACACUAUUCAAAAGGUGAGUUUUUGUUAUUCAUUAUUUUUACUUCCUACGCAAUUGUCGAGGAUAUAUUGUAAUUGCGAAACAUUUAGAAAAUGAUACAUUAUGUUUUUUGGGUGUAAUAUGAGAUGUACAUCACGAAAAACCAUGUCACUCAUUUCCGUUGGUCUGCCUGUCAGUCUGCCUGUCCGCUAAUUCUUGGUCUUUCUAUGACUUAGGAAGUACUGCUGCGAUUGGGUUGAAAUUCUCAUACAAGAAUUCUAUUAUGAUAUGGACGAAAGAGCUUGUACUUUUUGAAAACCUGUCCAGUGACGGCAGAGUUAGGGACAAAAACACGAAAAAAAAAUCGCUUAAACUUCGUUUUCAGAAAUUUUUUGGCUGGGGUUAAAAAUUGGCGUUUGUAAGGAGUGGGGGAGUGUAUACAUAUCUCAAUUUUUUGAUGUUAGUAUAUUUAUACGCUACCAACCUUGGUAAUUAUACGCACAUAUUUCAUACGUCAUAGAUUUCUCCGUAUAUUUAAAACUCAGAAUGAUAGAGAAAUAUUUCCGAUACGCGUCUCUGCGUCUGCACUACUGUAGCGGUCCGGUCUGGGGGAGGGGCGACGUUGCUAGAUAGACGGUACUACCAGUAGGGCAGGGAAAGAAUGUCCACGGACUAAUUAUGUGGUCCUGUUCGACUGAUUUGAUACGUUUAAUUUUUCUGUUGUACAUGUUCAUAACUUUUUCUCAGAGGGUCUACCUUGUGCUGGACUUAAUCCUUUAUGAACUGAUGACGUCGUCGCGUGGAAGAGCUGUGUCAGCUUACCUGACGCCAUUUCUUUAUAAAUAUCCAUUUCUCUGCAAACAACUUCAAUUUUUAGUACGGGCGAACAACAAAAGGAUGCUCUAUCUAUUCUGAGAGAUAGUGAAGAAGAUGAAAUAUCCCAAUGCUUAGAACCGAAAGAAUCUGGCGUAGACACGGUAGAUUUUGUAAAAUUUAACGGGCAUUCUGUAAGGGCAACUGAUGAUACAAUUGCUGAGCCUCUAUACAGUCUUCUAUCAGAAGUAUUUGACAUGCGCGGAGUUUUCAAAUACGUCAGAAAAACACUUAUUGGAUUUGUGCAAGUGACGUAUGGUCGAAACAUCAACAGACAGAUCUACGAGACAAUCUCCUGGUGGUUUUCAGAGGAGAUGCUUCACUACUACAUAUCUUUGGUACUGAAGAACUAUUGGCCAGGCGGCAGUCUUGCCCCAGCAGGUCCCAUAAGGAAUAAGGAGGAACGAAUCCAGACCGCACAGAAGGCUCAAGAGAUGUUUGUCAACAACGUACCUGAAUUGCUGAUCACCUUAGUGGGAAAUAACGCUGCUAGACUUGGUGCUAAGAAGGUUUUUGAUGCUCUACAAGAGAAGAAUAUGAACAAGCAACUGUUCCAUGAACUGUUCGAAGUAAUUGUGGAUGCCGUAUUCCCUGAACUCAGUUGAAGUGAACCAAAGAUUAUUGUGUUAUUAUUGUAUUUUUAUUCAAUUGAGCUUUGUAUAUGAGUUGUUUUCUGUUAUUCAAGUUCACCAUUUAUUAACAUAAUACAUAAUUGUAAUUUGUACUUAUUUUAAAAUAGGUCAGAACGCUUAAAGCAUCUGUAGAUGUAAAAGCUAUAUGUACUAUGGUAGUCCUAUAUACCUAUGGAAAAUAAAAUAAUUUUCCUUUCCCCUAAAUCAUGUUCUUCGGCUCACUCUGUUAGAGAACUGAUCAUAUCAG